CUUGACCUGGAACCCAUGUCGGGAUGGUGCAGCCACAUCACAGCAUUUGCACUGAGUAAACCGGAGAGUGGGGGGGGGAGAGGCGAGCUUUGCGAAGGUUUGUUCGCAGUGUGGCUUGGAUACUUGUGAAGGAUGGAUCGUGUGGUGAGGAGGGCGGCAUCAUGGCAUACGAAGAUUCUCUCUCAUGUCCUACCGGUCCGUCGAUCGCACGGUUGCAGCGCAAGUUACCCCUUGUCGCGAUGGCGUUUAGUGCAAGAUUAUCGCUCUGCAAUCAUAGGCAAUCAACUGUGUAGAUCCGACGGAACUUCUUUGUACCGAAACUUGACGCAAGUGACCUUUCUCACGAGAUCUGCAGGAUCGCUGCAGUCAAAUGAGUUUGGCAGCCAAGCCUGUAUUCGUAGAGCUGCAUCUGAAUCGCCCGCGUGGUGUUCGUCAGAAUGGGCUCUGCGGGACUCCUUCAGCCGACUCCUUGGCCAAGCUAACAUUCAAUAUGAUCCUAGAUUCUCUAGGGGACAUGGAGCCAUCCCACCUGCAAAGGAAUGUGUUGCCCAAAGAACCCUGGGAGCGAUGACACAGAAUGGGGGGGUAGGAUGCGCGGCGGUUAGGGAUCGCAGGGAGAGACGGCGCACUUGCGACCAUGGCAAGGUAAGGCAUGCACACACGCUGACAUCGGAGAAGUCGGCACCAAAUAAGAAACUGGAUAGUCAGAAGUUUCUGGAGCUGAACAAGGCGGAGCUCGACGAAGUGGAGAGGGGAGUUCGUGUCGGUUUGCUAGCUUCCCCGUCGCACGAGUUUGUUGGAGGCAUGUUCGCGACAUGGCUAAGUGGCGGUGUCGUUGUCCCGUUGGGGUUGUCGCAUUCGAACAGGGAGUUGAAUUACGUGAUGAAAGACGCAGGGGUGUCGAUGAUCGCCACCACGCUAGAGCAUCUUGAUACCGCUGUGCCGCUUGCCGAAGCGUGUUCCGCGAAGCUUGUACUUUUACCCCCAAUGAGACCGAGCCCUUCUGAGGAAUGCCUGACGGAAACCUCAUUGCGGUGGACUGCUGGAAGUGUAACGGGCCCAGCCGAACCGUGCAUUGGAUUUGAGGGCAAUCUGGGACCUGUUGGUUCCAAGGGGGUGCACAGGCAAUCACAGCCACAUGAUGACAAACAUCAUUCCGAGCGCACAUCGUCAGGGAGAGGCACCGUAACUGCCACCAGGGGUCAACGAGGCGACAGCUUAGGUAUGAUGGGGGAUACCGGUACCAGCGAUAUUGCUUCCAGAAUGGAUGGCGAUUCGCCGGCGUUGAUCAUUUAUACAAGCGGGACGACGGGACAUCCAAAGGGUGUUGUGCAUACACACAAAGGUUUGAUGAGCCAGGUUCAAAGCUUGAUUAAAGCAUGGGAGUGGUCGCCCGCGGAUACAAUAUUGCAUUGCCUUCCCGGUCACCAUAUCCAUGGGCUCGUCAAUGCACUCCUUUGCCCUGUCUUUGUGGGCGCGAGAAUCCACUUCUUACGGAAGUUCAAUCCGCUGUCAGUKUGGGAGCACUGGUGUGCAUCCUAUCYGGCGGAGGACGAACAACCCGAACCGAUCACGGUCUUCAUGGGUGUACCGACAAUGUAUGCGAAGUUGGUGCAAGUGUUUGAUCAGAGUCCAACACAGCAGCAGGAGCGCUUCAUAGCUGCGGCAAGACGGCUUAGGCUGAUGGUCUGCGGAUCGGCUGCGUGUCCCAUUCCCCUCCUGAACAGAUGGCAUGAUUUGACUGGCCACUGGCUUCUGGAGCGCUACGGCAUGACAGAGUUUGGCAUGGCGUUGUCGAAUCCUCUGCAUGGCAACCGGCAGCYGGGAUUUGUYGGUCAGCCUCUUCCUGGCGUCGAGGUUAAAAUCRUUCAAGAUGAUCAAGACGAGGCUGAUGCGAGUGGGAGGGGUAAGGAGUCGUCAUCACAUGCGCACAAUGCAGCCGCAGCACCAACAGGCGAGCUAUGCGUAAAGAGCGYGGGGAUGYUCAGGGAGUACUGGCGYAUGCCAGAGAAAACGCGGGAGGCAUUUGACGAAGAGGGCUAUUUCAAGACAGGAGACACUGCUACCGUCGUGGAUGGCUCGUACAAGAUCCUKGGUAGAACAAGCGUUGACAUCAUCAAGAGCGGUGGGUACAAGAUAUCUGCGUUGGAGAUUSAGUCCACUAUUCUUGAACACCCGGAGGUUGCCGAGUGUGCUGUUCUCGGAGUCCCAGACUCUGUCUAUGGCGAAGUAGUUGCGGCAGUGGUUGCUCUGAAGKCUCCCAAACAUUGCCGCGUAAGUGACCCGCAUUUCCACUCAACUCAUGCCCUGGAGUUGGCGGAGCUGCGUGAAUGGGCUCGCAAGUUCCUUGCACCGUACAAGGGGCCGUUUGCUAGUUUACCCUUCUUCUCUGUAUCGUUCCAAUUUUGACGGAUGUCCCCAAGGACUCGGAAUGAAGUUCUUCAGGCCUU